AUCCAUCUAUCGCUUGUGUUAAUUAUAUUGUAUCCUCCCUGCCUCCGUCCCAAUCUUCCUCCCUCCCUCCGCUUCGCCAAACCCUAGUUACUCGCAAGUCGCAAGACAAUGGAGCCGCAGCCACCGCUCCCCCUCGCCAACGGCCACGGCAACAGCAUCGUCGACCGCGACGUCUGGCUGGCCUGCGCCGCCCCGCUCUCCCGCCUCCCCACCGUCGGCGACGAUGUCUACUACUUUCCCGAUGGCCACGCCGAGCAGUGCCCCGCGCACCUGCCAGCGCCGCUCCCCGCGCCGCACUUCUUCCCCUGCACCGUCACCGACAUCAGCCUCGGCGCGGACGACAAGACCGACGAGGUGUUCGCCAAAAUCUCCCUCAGGCCAGGCCUCGCCGCCGCUUCUCGUCCGGACCCCGGCAGCAGCAACAGCCCGCCGCGGGAGCCCCUCAGCUACUCCAUCAAGGAGCUCUCGCAGAGCGACGCCAACGGCGGUGGAUCCUUCUGCGUCCCGCGCUACUGCGGGGACCACGUAUGGCCCAAGGUCGACUUCGAGGCCGACCCGCCCAUGCAGAACCUCGUCAUGCACGACACCACGGGCAAACAGUGGGAGUUCCGCCACGUCUACCGCGCCAAGCAGCCCCGACACGUGCUCACCACCGGCUGGAGCAAGUUCGUCAACGCCAAGCUGCUCGUCGCGGGGGACAUCAUCGUCUUCAUGCGCCGCCCCAACGGCGACCUCAUCGUCGGCCUGCGCCGCAUGCCCAGGUACGCGGGCACCUUGCACCGCCCGGGGACCGGGGGCGACGCCCAAGACCCGGAUCAGCCGCCCCCGCCCCCGCCCCGCAACGCGCUCGCGCGGGUGCCGCCCAAGGACGUCAUGGAGGCCGCGCGCCUCGCCGCCGAGGGCAGGCCCUUCACGGUCACCUACUACCCGAGGAAGGCCGCCGGAGAGUUCGUCGUCCCGCGCAACGAGGUGGAAGGCGUGCUCGACACCCUCUGGGAGCCAGGCUCGCACGUACUCAUGCAGUUCGCGGAGGCCGAGGACACACGGCGCACCAUGUGGGCCGACGGCCACGUCAAGGCGAUCCACCAGAAAAUCUGGCGGGCGCUCGAGAUCGACUGGGAUGUUGCCUCCUCUGCAAUUUCAGCACAACUGGGCAGAUUUGUGAAUGCUUGGCAAGUCCAGCGUAUUGCCUACCCUUCUAUUUGCGGCGGCCUUGGAGAUUUAUGUUACCCACUGCCACUGAUGGAGUCGGAAAGCCAGGUCAUGGCCAUGAUAUUGGAGCAGAUGCCACCGCGUACAAGUGCUUCUCCUCCCAACAACCCGCCGCGUCCAGGUCCAGGCCAAAAAGUGAACACCAUAAUGCUCUUCGGCGCCACAAUCCACGUUGUGCAGAGUGAUACCGACGAUGAUGGUUAUGAACAGCUGAAUCGAGAUCCUCCUCCUAAUGCUGCUGGUGGUGGUGAUGAUAUGGAUCAUGACAGUGCUGAAAAUAUAUAAACUCUGAUUCUGUAAUCCAUCCAUUGCUUGAAAAUUUGCAAUUGCAUCGUGUGGAACUAAGCAGCUGUUUGGUUGCCCGCGUCCAUCGGUGCAUGGCCCAUCGGAUGCAAAAAUAAAACGAGUCUAGUUGUUUGGUUGA